AUGGCAUCUACACCUAGACUCGCAGCCUUUGCCUUCCGGCGACCAAGCUUGACGUCCUCAAAGACAUGGUGUUCGAUCCCGCUCAAAUCACCUCAACAUCCCCCCCCCUCACCCAAGCGGCCCCUUCUUACCGUCGCCACCCUAAACGUCUGGUUCGACAACAAGAUGCACGGCUCGGUACGCUUCGCUGCUAUUCUCGACUGCCUCGUCGGGCUUGGAGCAGAUGUCGUCUGCCUACAAGAAGUUAACUCGGAGUUCUUGGCGAUGAUGCGGGCGCACAAGGGGGUGCGAUCCAAAUUUGGGUACUUUGGCGGUGGGGACGAAGGGGCGGAUAUCUCGCCUCAGACCUGGUAUGGCUGCCUCAUCCUGUUCAAUAGGGACACUGUCGCCGCAUCGGACAUGCGGGUGGAAUACUCGGACAGCCCCAUACCCCGCGAGGGGACCAAUCAAGGUCGACAUCUCCUCUAUGCUACCUUCUCAGGCGUUAAGGGCAAGCCUACCGAGGGCCUCGUCGGCUUCAAGGUUGGCACGUCGCACGUCGAGUCGCCCACACCCCAGCAUCGGAGCCAGGCGGAGCGGCAAAGGCAGCUUGGGGAGGCCAAGACCAUCCUCAGUGCGGGUGGCCAAGGGGCGAUCUUCUGCGGAGACACCAACGUCUCUCCCGAAGAUGAGGCGGCUUUCCCGGCAUCGCUCGACUGGUGGAGGGAGCACGAUCUCUGGCUUCGGGCGGCUCGUAACCACAAUAUUCCCACAUUCGGAGUCACUUACCCGGUCAAGGAAUCGCCCAAACGCCUCGACAGGCUGUUCAUGGUGGACCCCUCGAGGCCGUACGAGGUGGUCAAGGCGGAGCUGUUCGGAAAUGAGAGGGUCCACGUCAGUGAUGCGAGGUACGCUGGGAUGGUGGUGUAUAUGUCGGACCACAUCGGCGUGUACGCUUCUCAGAAACCCUCGUACCGCUAG